AUGUCGCGGCCACACCCACCCCGAUAUCUGCAACACAAUCAACGCAAUGGAGUCCCAUCUGCAGAUUCCGCAAUCGACCUUAACCCUUCUACCAUCAGCCUAGUCUCGCGGCCAUCAACCGCCAGCAGCGAACACUUUCCUCUGCGACCAGUGUCUCGUGCAAGCACCGUACGCUCCUGUGUCGACAAUACGUCGGGAAUCUCACAAGAUGCACCAUCUUCCGAGUAUCACCCCUUGGAACCACCGACCGAGCAAGAGGGCCAGGUCAUCAAGGCGUUUGACUGGUGGUGGUGGUGGGAUAUUGGAGCCGCUGCCGUUAGCGUUAUUUGUCUCGGCCUCAUCGUGGGGGUUCUGGUCGAGGCAAAUGGUAAACCGCGAGACAGUUGGCCCCUAGCCAUCCAACCCAACUCUAUCAUCGCCGUGCUCACGACCGUGGGUAAAUCAGCCUUGCUGGUGCCAAUCGCAAGCUGUCUGAGCCAGCUGAAAUGGAGACUCAUCUAUACACGAGCCCGUCCGCUAUCCUAUCUGCAGACGUUUGACGAUGCGAGCCGAGGACCUUGGGGCUCCUUUAUUAUGUUCUGGACGCUUCCACUGCAGUCAAAGCUAGGCUGUGCUCUUGCGCUCAUCACUAUCCUAUCACUGGGGAUAGACCCAAGUGCGCAACAGAUUCUAGACUUUCCCAUCAAGGAGAGAAGGUUGGAAAAUGUGACAGCAGAGAUGGGCGUAGCCCAAAAUUACUCUUCAAAGAGCUUCCUACAGCGAGAGGGCGCGAGCUCGCAGAUUUGGAACCUCAACGGAGACCUUCCAGCAAUACAGAUAUCAAUACUCACAGCCCUUGCCGGGGAGCCUUUUCAGCCAAACUUUAAAUGUCCAUCGCCAGCAACUAGUUGCGAGUGGCCCGAGUUCUCAACUCUCGGGGUUUGCAGUACCCUCCACAACGUCACCGAUAAAACCACGCGAGAAUGUGAAGGAUCGGAAAGCAACCCUUACUUCCAGCAGUGCAAUUACACUAUUCCCCUGCUUAAGCAGAGUGAACUCGAAAAGGAAAAAGACAAGAAACCAUCGCUACGAUACCUUAACAACGCCGCGUACAAGAACCAUGAAGACACCCAGAUUUUGCACACCGAAUUCAAAUCUAUGUCGAUGGAUGGUUGGCUCGGCCAGCUACUCGUCAUACGGCACGAGAAUGGGUUAUGGGUUAGUGCCGGGAAGGGACGGUCGAGGCCACCAGACGCAGAAGUCUUUGUUGCAGAUUUCAAAUGGUGCAAGCGAGUUUUCAAGGGUGUCAAGUCAUCAAGCGAAGCCAUCGAUUCCAAGUCUGAGAAAUCAACCGACACGAUGCUCAAGUACAUCGAUCAACCCAGACUAUCCGAAGACAUUCGCAUCAACUAUGUCGUCCUAGGAACACCAGAUGGCGAUGAGACCUUCUGGGUUGCUUCUACCCUUGAGGGAAGACUUCCGUACUAUUUGGAGCACCUACUAAGUGUCACCAUGACGGAGCAAGCGAAUGGAAGUCCUCGAUCCCAGGUCGAUCUCACAACUCCGCUGAAUGCAAGGUUUAUCAUUAAACUGGCUGACAUGGAGAAAUUGACUAGUGACAUCGCGACAACACUCACAAAUCAGCUCCGGAGUAGCAACCCGGGAGACAACAAGGACGCCGAGAUGGUCAAAGGAACUGCAUACAUUAGGGAGCCUGUCAUAGUGGUGCGUUGGGAGUGGCUGAUCCUUCCAGCGGCAGCUACAUUUCUGAUGGUUGUUUUGUUAGUUUGGAACAUCUUGCUCGUGAAAGGGGUGCCGCUGCUAAAGGCGUCUGUCUUGCCGUAUUUGUUCUAUCCUCUGCGGGGAUGGAAAGAGGAGGAGCUCAGAAUUGCUGGGGUUCAGACUGUCGAGAAGCUCGACGUGCUUGCGGCCAGAAUGCAGGGGAAGAUGGAGGCAAAUGAGGGAGGCUAUGGGAUAUACAAGAUGAAAUAG